GCCCACCCCAGACAGUCAGCCAAUGACAGCAGAGCUUCAAAGUGAAACCUCAGCUCCUGAUGACGUCAUAAGAAGAGAUGAAUCCUCUCGUCUGUCUCUGCGACGUCUUUUCUCCACCGUCAGACUGAGCAGGACUCGAACCGGCAGCCUCGACCGCCUCAGCUCACGGCCCUGCCCCUCAGCACCUGACCCCGCCCCAUCAUGUCCCAGGAAGUCCUCUGGCCUGUUGAAGAAAACCCUGUCUGUUCAGUCGCUCAGCAUGCAGGGCUCGCCUUUUUUGCAGCUGAGGAAGUCGUCGUCAGUCCAGAAUUUUGCGUCAGAGCAGAAGAAGAAGGACCGUUCCGCUGACUACCGACCAGCUGCUGACCAAUUCCAGCAGAGGUGUCUCAGUCUCGAGGACGUCAGUUGUCCCAGUUCAGUCCGUUCAGUUGGUCGAGUUCUUCAGGUUUGUUCUGAUGGAACGUUUCUGCUGGAAGUCAGUCGACCGAAGAACCGAAUCUACGGGUUCACAAUCAGCAGAGGGAAAGGACGAUCCGACUCUGGUGUGUACGUGGAGGACAUGGUGGACAGCAGCACUGAGAAGCUGUACGCUGGGCUGCUGGCGGUUGGAGAUGAGAUCCUGGAGGUGAAUGGGGAGAAGGUGGCCUGCCUCAGUCUGGACCAGGUGACUCACCUUCUGACUCAGAACACCUCCGCCACCGUCCGCAUACUCCGACAGCGGCGGACUCCUCCGCGAUGACCACAACACUGACCCACUACAUCCACCAUAAUAACCACAACACAUCGUGAGAGUAGACCUCCCAGCACCUGGACCAACCAGAACUGAAACUCCAGAACACAAAGUGAAAACAAAGUGAACCAGACUGAGACAUGAUUGUUUGAGGGUACGGGUGUACAGGUGGAUCAGUGCAGGUGAGGAAAGCAGUGAAGUGAUAGCAUGUGUUCACCUGUAACAUGAUUGUGGUGAUGUUUAGUAGAGCUGCAGACGCGGUGAAACGUUCGUUAUUACGUCUUGUGUAUCUUUUCUCUCGCAAAACUGAAUCAUGAAGUUCUGAUGAACUUUAUGCUAGGUGUCAAAGGGCAGAAUGAGCUCGGUGCUGCCUCUAGUGGCUGAAAUACAUCAACUCACUAAUUGCAAAGCAGUGGGUGCUUUCUUCUCUCCAGCCUCAGGGGGGCAGUCGGGAGCACAUUACAGCUUGGUGCACCAACGAAGAGGAUUCACACACUGACUCUGGCAGUUGAACAUGUAUCCGGAUUUUAUUUAUCUGAAAAAUUCAGCAGAUCAGUCUGCUGUUUGGAAUUCAUCUUCCUGACUUCCAGAGCUGUUGUCAGGUCUAAUAAAAAUAUGAAGUGACUUAAUUUACAGUAACAAUGUUGUAAUUUGGUGAUUCAUUUACGCAUUCACAGUAUUUAAUGAAAUAUCUUUGCAGUAUUUCUGUCACAUGUAUUUUCAUAUAUUUGUUUAUAUUUUCAGACCAAUAAAAGAAAC